AUGGGAGGUAGUAACAAACACGUUGUCUCUAGAACUUCCUCUUCUUCUCUUGCUAUUGUUGAAGCAAAGCUUGACGACAAAAAAGUUGUCCCCAUUGACGCACCGAUUGUAUCUUCAUACAAUGACCGAAUCAGGCCGUUGCUCGACACUGUAGACAGGCUCAGGAACCUGAAUGUGAUGAAAGAAGGGAUCCAGCUUCCCACCAUUGUCGUUAAAUACUAA